CCGUGAUUGUUUGGAAAAAAACAAAAACAAAAACAAAAAAUCAUCAUUGAGCCGACUUGUCUCAGUGGUCUGCGUUAUAUGCUCCCGGAAGUCCAUCUGCUAGCCAGUGCCUGAAGUGGCAUAUCUUUGUUUCCGCCUGCUGCAUUGCAAUGCUUGUUGGACAGAUGUUCUUUUUGGAAAGGUACCGGAGGCACCGGUUGCUCUUUCUGUCCGUGUUCAUGGCUGUAAUUUGGUCCUGUGAAUCUGUGCGUUGCUAUUGUAAUGAUGAUGUCUGGAACGACGAGGGGUGCAACAGCAGCAGACCGAGGAAAGGGCAAAGGUGGAAGCACCUCCGGUACACCUGCGUCGACGGUGACCUUCAAGGACCCCACACCGGCAACGGACCUGUCACUGUUCGUUCCACAGGACGAGACGAGGCAGGUCAAGCUGCAGAAGGAAAAAAUGGUGUGGAAGUACGCGGAACAGGGACAGGAGGUUGGGCCGAAUGCACGAGGCGAGUAUUGGGUGAGGUGUCUGUUAUGCUCGCAGAUUUGGAGGGGCACAAGCACAAGGGCGGUCGAGCAUUACCUGAAGCCGCAAAAGCCAUGUCCGUCGAGAACAGGGGAGAUUGUCAACGAGCUCGUCACUGGUGGGGGGAAAGUGCAGCCGGGCGACAAGAAUACACGGUACCUCCUAAAAAAUUACAGGCAGCUGCAUGGAAUUCCGGAGGGGGGGGUCGUUGCAAUGGAGACAGCCGAGGUGGAGGACGAUCUCCCCGGAUACCUGGAGCCACAACCACCGCCCACUGCAGGCAGGGCUGCUGCAAAAACUGACGCGGGAGCAUCGCAGCAGGUUAGUGCUCUGGAUGGGGGGUUGGGAGAGGGUUCAGCGUCGAACACACGAGUGUCCACACUGCAUCAGUCGACAAUAAGGAGGUGGGUGGACAACGACGCGCAGAAGAAACUGGACGUCGCGUCGACGGAGGCCAUGUUUCGUGCUGGAAUUCCAUUCAACUUCCUCAAUUUCGAGACCACUCAAAAACUCCAUGAGGUGUACUUGCAGGUGGCAAACGCUAGACCCCAGGUGAAAUUGCCCUCCUACAAGCACAUGAGAACCGUGAUGUUGGACUUCAUCUACAUGCGUGUACAGAAGUCCGUGGAGCCUUUGACAACUUGCUGGGAUGUGACUGGAUGUACUUUCAUCACAGUUGGGUCGAGUGAUUGUCGCGAGCGGCCGGUGAUGAACUUCUUGGCUGCUGGGGAAAGUGGUGCAGUCUUGGUGGCGACGGUGUCAAUGACGGGGAGGAAGAAGACCGCACCUGCAUUGGCAAAAUUGUGGGAGCAAAUUAUGAGGGAAAUUGGGGUGCAUCGCAUCAAUGCGAUCUGCACCGACAACGCGGGGGUGAACAAAAGGGCCGCUCAGAUCUUGGAGCGCCGAACAGACAAGGACAUCGCAAGGAUCCCAAGGGUUCCUUGAAAGUGGAAGGCGAUUCGGUGGUGUACAGCGAAGUUGAAGGCCAGAGCGGAUUUGGUGUACUUCACUUUGCAGAAUGACAAUUGGUGGAUGGAGUUGCACAAGGUGACUGAGGUGAUGGAGCCCGUGUACAGCCUUUUGAGGCGGAUGGAUAAGGACGCGACUUCUCUCACAAACCUCGUAGAGUAUGACGACCUCAUAGAGAGGAAGUUCCCGCACAUCGUUCUAACGGCGGGGGAGCGGGCGAGCAUAAUGGACAGAGUCAAAGAUCGCAUCAAGAUGAUGCGGCAGCCCGUCCACGCAUUGGCAUUUCUUCUGGACCCAUACAGGAGAGAGCCGAGGUGGCUGCACGAUCAAGAUAGCGCGCUUGUGCAGAAUGCGAUGCGUUUCCUUUCGAGGCAGAUCGGAGGUGCUUGGAAAGGGCCGAAGCACGUCGAGAUUUGGGGUGACCUGGCCAAGUUCCACUCCAAGCCCGCAAGGAACGGCCCAAAGAGGAAGGACGCAAAGAUGUGGGACCCCACAACGAAGGCAGAUGUUGAGAGGAAGACACCGUCAGAGUGGUGGGCAACACAUGGUGGCGAUGUGCCUGAAUUGCAGAAGAUUGUGAUCAAGGUUAUGAGCAUGUGGAGCACCGCAUCACCGGCGGAGAGGAAUUGGGCUUCCAUGGACUUCGUCCACUCCAAACGAAGGAACAGCUUGGCGCCGGAGAGCUUGGAGAAGCUCGUCUACAUCCACUGGAACAUGCAGCUGUUGCGUCUUCCAGAGACUAAGGACGGGGGCUAUGUGGAUUUGUGGAGUUCAUUCGUCGAGCCCAUCCCGGAGCCUGCAGAGGACGACGGAUCAUUGUUGAAGGGGCCCGAGGACAAGGCCGAGAAGACAGAGGAGGAGCUUGUUCGGGAAAGGAGGCUCGUGAAGACUCCAAAGGGAAGGAUUCCCAAGAGUCUCGAGGACGUUGAGGAAGAGCACACAGACGAUAGUGAUUUGGACGAUGAGCUGUGGAAGGGGAAGUGUGGAGCGUCAGACGAUUCAAGUGCCAGCGAAGAGGAGGCUGAUGUUGAUUCCGAUUUUGAGCUGCAACCGGAGCCUGCAGUCCCGGGCACAAYGUAUGUAGKCAGGAGGCGAACUGGAYGACAGMGUAGAGAGGAGCCACGCCCRRCAGCAACACCGGCCACAGCAGGGGGAACAGGACAGUACGAUCCGCAGCUCGACGUCAACUUUGCACAGCCAGAUACGGACCUCGAGAUGUUGCUGCAAACCGGGGUUGAYGAAGAUGAAGAGGAUGCCAACCGUGCCAAGGCUAUGGCUGACAGGGACAGCGACCUAGUCCGAAAACGGAUGAUGGAGGAGGAGGCCCGCCGUGCASCUGUCCCAACCCGCAGAGAGAUUGAGAGAGGCCAGAAAAACGCCUUGGAGCAUCAACAGCAUAUGGAUCGGGCUUUGGGGGUCGUGGAAGAGGUAGAAGAGGAAGAAGAGGAGGAGCAGCAGCAACCAGAGGAGGGAGAGGAGAUGGAGCGGCAAGAAGAGGGGGACGACGUGAUGCAACGAGAGGAGGGAGAGGACAUGGAGCAGCAAGAAGAGGGCGAAGACUUGGAGAUGAAGGGAGCAGAGUUGAUCAGUCUCUUCCUCAGAUAAGGGUUCAUCCAAGAAAGGCUCAGUGUAUGCAUACACAGAGUCAGUUGCAGCCUCAACACAAUCAAGCUCAGAGACCGAU